AUGGCCACCGUCGUUACAUUCUCUUCGAACCUGGCCACACCAUUUCUGAAGGAAGUCAUCAGAGUCAAAGAAAUCGGAUUCAAAAAAUACAGAAGAUGGAACGUUCUCGCUAGGUUCCGAAAGGAAGAUAUCGGCAGGUGUUUUGCUGCUCCAGGUGGUCUAAGUUGGAUCAUGGCCUUCGGUGCCCCCCCCCCCCCCCCCCCCCCGCAUCUCAAAUCAAAGGCUAUCAGUGGGGAGUUCGUUGACUUUGAGAAUGGGGACUGGUCUGAUCCCUUUAUCCGCAUCAAAGUUCGGUUGAAUCCGGAUGUCACUAAGGAAAUACCUCUUCUAUUCGGCUCUACAUUAUUCAUGGGAAAAAUUGUGAGUCCGCCGGUGGCUGAUCUGAGAAGAGACCGUCUUAUCGAUAGGAAGAUGAAGCAGCUGAAUAGUUCAAAACCUGAGAAAGUUUGUGAUUCGUGCGCCGUCAUGCGUGCCAGAGUCUUUCCCGAGAAGUAG